AUGAUAAAAAUGAUUGCUAUUCCUUAUGCAUAUAAAAUGAUUAUUCUAUACUUUUUCUCAACUCUAUUACUCAAGUCCCAUGCAAUUCCUGAUGGUCCGUUCACUGUUACAUGCAAAACCUCUGAGGAGCAAAAUCAUUUUUGUUUAGAAUAUGAUAAGAAAGAGAAUGCCUAUACUUUAUCACCUUGUGCAAAUGGCGAAACUUGUAAGAAUAUCUGAAGACUAUGAACAAUUGAGCCAAAUAUUAACAGCUAUAGUGAAAAGUGUGCGGUUAAAAAUGAGACUGAUUCUAUUAUAGGAAGCAGUUUAAGUUCAGAAAUCAGACUUUGCCAAAAUAGCGAGUGCUCUUUCUGCGAUAGCAACUUAACUUCAAUAAACCUCACAGACUGCUGCAGAAAAAAUAAUUGUAAUGGAAAAGGCAAUUCAACACUCAAAUGUAAGGCUGACAAUGACUGUAAUGCUGGAUUUUAUUGUGAUGACACUUAUCAGUGCCAAGAAGCCAUAAAAGAUGGAGCGCAAUGCUCAAAGGAUGAAGAAUGCAAGAUUGGUAGCGGCUGUAACUAUGGUAUUUGCACAAAAUUGUUUAGUCUUAAUAUAGGAAAAUUAGCACAGAAAAACAAGUUCUGUAAAUCAAAUUGGGCUCUUAAUGGAUUUUGUGAUGGGCUUUAUUUAGAAGUGAAUGGUAUGGUAAAAAAAGAUAGAGAUUACACAUGCAGUAAUGAAAAUCUUUGUGCUUUCAAGCUGCAAACUACUGGAGAAUUCAAUUCUGUAUAUAACUGCUCCGGACCUUCUAAAAGUCGUACAGGACUUUGCAAUAUGAGUCUUACUCGGAUAAAAGAUGAGAUAGGCGGAUUAUUUGAGUCUUUACAAUACAGAAGCUCAGAUUGUUCUAGUGCUUCUGCUCAUAGUGAUAAUAUUGAGGAAUUAUUUAAGUGUGGAUCGAUCACUAGUGCUCAAUAUUACAAUUUUAAGCGCAAGUACUAUUGGAUGCUAUUUAACACGCUCAAUUUUACUGCCAAUGUUGCUGGAGAUGAGAAUUGUGCCAAUAUUAAAUGACUAACUGAAUACAGCGGGAACUGGACAAGCUAUCAAAAUAGCUUAGGCUCAUUACGAAUCUUUUCUUUCGUGUUUUCUUUAAUUGCAGUAUUUUUAUAA